GCCCCACAAUCCAAAUAACAUGUGUUUCUCUGCCCAAGUACUUUCGCAGGCUGUCCUUUCUUCCUCCAGUUCCACCCCAGUCCAGAUAUAACCUGCAACUCCUGGAAGUGACAGUCUGACAGACUCAUAGGCUAAGGCUGUCAUUCUUUUAGCAACAUGUCAUAUUAAUCUUCUAACUUGUUUGAAAUUCACAGCCACUAUUCUGGAUAGGAUAAACCCGUUUUAUGACCCUAGCUAGUAAAGGAUCACAAGGUAAUUCUGAACAUUUACCGAACUGCAAUUAUUGGCGACCAGGAAACAUAGCCCGACAAAGAAAAAACAGGGAAAUAUAUUCUGCACACAGUUGUGUCAAAUCAUAUAAUCACAACAAAUGGGAUUUCACAUUUACCUGUGACAGCUAAAAAUGGUUACGCAUUUUAAUGCGCGACUGUAGUGCGAGCACAGUUCCAUUUCUACUGGGCAGAUGGAAUGGAAGCAGCAAAAAGCUUCGUUUUAGUCUUUUCUCUGCAAAUUCUCUGAUUCUGAUAAUCUUAAUGCCUCGUUCAUAGCACAAUGCUCACUCCAAUGUCGCCUUCUCGUACUGUUUUUCUUCUUCUUCUUCUCAUAUUUUGCUGUCUCUGCUGCGUAUUUGCCGCCGACGAGGAAGUCCGUUCACUGUUGGAGUUCAGGAAGGGGAUAAAAUCGGAUCCAUUGGGGAAAAUCUUGGGCUCAUGGAACCUAACCCUUCUCUCCGAUCUCUCCUCGUGCCCUGACAUGUUCUACGGCGUCGUUUGCGACUCCGGUUCCGGUUCCGUCUCCGCCAUUGCCCUUGACCGCCUCGGAUUGGCCGGUGACUUGAGGUUCUCCACGCUCACUGGGCUUAAGCACCUCAGAAACCUGAGCCUUUCGGGUAAUUCCUUCACGGGUCGGGUCGUACCCGAAAUAGGUUACAUGACCUCCCUCCAGUACUUGGAUCUUUCCGGUAACCAGUUCUAUGGCCCUGUCCCCGCCCGCCUUAACGAUCUAUGGGGUUUGAAUUAUCUUAACUUGUCCAGUAACAAUUUUUCCGGCGGGUUUCCGAGCGGAAUUUGGAAUUUGCAGCAACUGAGAGUGCUUGAUUUGCAUUCUAAUCGGCUCUGGGGGGAUAUGCAGGAGCUCUUCUCUCAGCUCAGGAAUGUGGAAAAUCUCGAUCUGAGCCAGAAUUCCUUCUACGGCUCGCUCUCAAUGAGUCAAGAUCAUUUAUCUAGCUUCGCUAAUACACUGCAUUAUAUGAACUUAAGCCACAACAAAUUGGCGGGGGUGUUUUUCACUGAAGAAUCGAUGCAGAUGUUUCGGAAUUUGCAGGUUCUGGAUUUGGGGAACAAUGGAUUAAUAGGACAGCUUCCUUCUUUCACCUCAUUGCCGAAUCUAAAGGUGUUAAGGCUUGCACAUAAUCAGCUGUACGGUUCAAUUCCAGAGGAGCUUCUGCAUGGCUGGGUAUCAUUGGAGGAACUGGAUCUCAGUGGCAAUGGCUUCUCAGGUUCGGUUGAGAAAGUAAAUUCAACAACUUUGAGGGCUUUAAAUCUUUCGUCGAAUUUCCUGUCAGGUUCACUCCCUUCUUCUAUAGGAAAUUGUUUGAUGGUUGACUUAAGCAGUAAUGAGCUCUCUGGUGACAUAUCUGUUAUACAGAGCUGGGAAGCCAGUCUUGAGUUUGUGGAUUUGAGCUCAAACAAAUUGAGUGGAACCCUUCCUAAUUUGACUUCUCAAUUCCAACAAUUGACUUUUCUCUCUAUCAGAAAUAAUUCUCUUAGGGGAGCUUUACCUUCUACAUUGGUGACCUUUCCAAGGCUGGCAAUGCUUGAUCUCAGUGUCAAUGAACUUGAAGGACAGAUCCCAUAUUUCGCUUCUUCAACCUUGAUAAACCUCAAUUUGUCUGGAAAUCAUUUGACAGGAUCAAUUCCUCUUGAAGGCAUGCAUACUACUGAACUACAAGUCCGUCUAUCAUAUCCUCAGAUGGAGUCUCUUGAUCUUUCAAGUAAUUCCUUGACUGGUGUUUUACCUCCUGAAAUAAGUAAUUUGGGGAGGCUCAAACUGCUAAAUCUUGGAGAAAAUCAGUUAUCUGGAGACCUUCCUUCUGAAUUGAGUAAGCUUCAUGAUUUAGAAUACCUUGAUUUCUCCAACAAUGAUUUCAAAGGUCGGAUCCCUGAAAAUCUUUCUUUGAAUCUCAGAGUGUUCAAUGUGUCCUACAAUGAUUUAAGUGGAACAGUCCCUGAAAACUUGAGAAGAUUUCCUUAUAGUUCAUUUCAUCCUGGAAACUCAUUGCUUAUAGUGCCAAGCAACAUGCCAUCUGGUAGUCCUGGCAUUUCUGGUUCAGUACAUGGUGUUAGUGAGAAUCACAGCUCCAAAUCAAAUAUAAGGGUAGCAGUUAUUGUUGCUUCAGUUGGAUUCUCCGUAAUGGUUGCCUUUAUUCUAUUUGCAUAUACUCGAACACGACCUCAAGACUUCCAAUCCCGAAGUGCAUUUAGCAACCAAUCUCCCAGUAGAGAUGUCAGGCUAGGUAUAUUUCCCAGGUCUUCACUUCUCAAAUUCCGCAGCAGCUCAGAGCAAGCUCCAACUUCAUUAAGCUUUUCCGAUGACCGCCUGCUGACAUCAAACUCCAGAUCAUUGUUGGGGAAAACAGAGUCUAGCACAGAAGUGAUCGAGCAUGUGGGUUUUGCAGCUUGCUCAACGUCUAAACAGUCUAGCACACUAGAUACUCAUCCUGCAACAUCUGGACAGAGGCUUUCCCCAGGUUCCCCGAUAGCUUCCUCCCCUAGGUUUUUUCAUGACUCGAUUGAACAACCCGUGAAGUUGGAUGUCUACUCACCUGAUCGUUUGGCUGGAGAACUGUUCUUCAUGGAUGGAUCGCUAACAUUUACAGCUGAGGAAUUAGCUCAAGCUCCUGCUGAAGUUCUUGGUAGAAGUAACCACGGUACUUUAUAUAAGGCUACCCUAGAUAAUGGGGUUGUGCUGACUGUGAAGUGGCUGCGUGUGGGGUUAGUUAAAAGCAAGAAAGAAUUCGCAAGGGAAGUUAAAAAGAUUGGAUCUGUACGACAUCCAAACGCUGUUCCUUUAAGAGCUUACUACUGGGGUCCAAGAGAACAAGAGAGAUUGAUUUUAGCAGACUACAUACCAGGCGAUAGCUUAGCCUUACAUCUAUAUGAGACAACACCUCGUAGGUAUUCCCCGCUAUCCUUCCACCAAAGGUUGAAAGUUGCUGUUGAGGUUGCCCGGUGUCUGGCAUAUCUGCACGAGAGCGGCCUGCCUCAUGGAAACUUAAAGCCAACAAAUAUAAUACUGUGGGGUGGUGAUUACACCGCGCGUGUGAUGGACUAUGGCUUCCACCGCCUGAUGACCGGGGCUGGCAUUGCAGAGCAGAUACUACACCUGGGGGCUCUAGGGUACUGCGCCCCUGAACUAGCAAAUGCAGCCAAGCCUAUGCCUUCUUUCAAGGCUGAUGUGUAUGCUUUUGGUGUGAUUCUGAUGGAGCUGUUGACGAGAAGAAGCGCGGGCGACAUAAUCUCGGGCCAGUCAGGCGCUGUCGAUCUUACAGACUGGGUUCGGCUGUGUGAUCGAGAGGGUCGGGGAAUGGACUGCAUUGACUUAGACAUUGCUGGUGGGGAAGAACACUCCACAGCCAUGGAUGAAUUGCUCUCAAUAUCUUUAAGGUGUAUUCUUCCGGUAAAUGAAAGGCCUAACAUCAGACAAGUCCUUGAAAAUCUUACUUCCAUUUUUGUGUGAAUUAAGUUAUUAUGUACAUGUAGUUAGUUGUCUUUAAGUUGUUCGUAAUUAAGUUAUUACAGUAAUUCUUUUUCAUGACUUCAA